UUUUUGUAAAAAGUAAAUGGUCGACCUGUUUUUAUGAACUCUGAUUGAAAGUUUAAUCAUUAUUGUCGCAGUUUAUCUGGGAUUUAGAGCCUGAAACAGUUUCUGAGGAACUGCUUCUGCUCUGCGGGGAAUAGAGGAAAUAUGGCCGAAAAAUGUCAAAUAUUCUAUCAGUGAUGGACAACAAAGUCUUCUGUGUGUUCACAAACCGACCGAUGACAAAAACGAACUGGUUCUAAUAGUCUGCAGGGGCGUUUUGGUCCAAAGAGAACAGAAAGGACAGGGACAGUCCUGCCGGGGGGAUUAAACACCCUGCAGGGCCGAUCUGAAGUCCAGAGGGGCCCUGGGCUCACUGUAACCCCCAACCCCCAGUUUUAUCCUUUUCAAGUUCAUCUGUUUGUAUUGACUUGUUUAUUUAUAUUUUUAUUGACUUAUUUGUUUAUCAUGGGCAUAGUAGGUUUUAAAAGAAAUCUUAAGAUUAUAGUGAAACUGCAGAUGUUCAGUCUGAAAUACUUUCGAGGUUCCUUACAAUCUGGGACGGAUGGUAUAAGUGGGCUAGUAGGGCUAAGCCCUCCCUGACAUUUACAAAAAAGUUGUUAAAAUAAACAACUUAAAAAUAAAUACAUUUUAGAAAUAAUGUAUCACAUUUUGUUACUUUUUCAACAAACCUGGUGUCAAACCACCUGGGGAAAAUCCCUGGGUCUUUCAGAAGGGCUCACUUCUGACAGCGUUACUGUCAUUUAGCAUUACUGUCAUUUAGCAUUACUGUCAUUUAACGUUACCGUCAUUUAGCGUUACCGUCAUUUAACGUUACCGUCAUUUAGCGUUACCGUCAUUUAGCGUUACCGUCAUUUAACGUUACCGUCAUUUAGCAUUACUGUCAUUUAGCAUUACUGUCAUUUAGCAUUACUGUCAUUUAACGUUACUGUCAUUUAGCAUUACUGUCAUUUAACGUUACCGUCAUUUAACGUUACUGUCAUUUAGCAUUACUGUCAUUUAGCAUUACUGUCAUUUAGCAUUACUGUCAUUUAACGUUACUGUCAUUUAGCAUUACUGUCAUUUAGCGUUACCGUCAUUUAGCGUUACCGUCAUUUAGCGUUACCGUCAUUUAGCGUUACCGUCAUUUAGCGUUACUGUCAUUUAGCGUUACCGUCACGGCUCAGAAUGAUUGACAGGCUUCUAGCCACGCCCCCUCGGGCACAGCAUUCAUCCAAUCGGAUGGACUUGCCUCGAGCGCCAGUGUGUGGGCGUGGUUUGGCGUAGACUGAGAAGGAGCGAUGGCGAGCAAUAUUAGCAUAAACGAGGUGGAUUAUUUAGCCUAUUUGCGUCCCAGAAAAGUCGUUGGAGUGAGUUUCUCUUUAAAUAAGGAAAGCUCCCUGUCUUUGGAGGAAGAUCCCUCUCUCUCCUCGCUCCUCUGGACCUGAGCGUUGGUUCUGGUUCUGCUCCAGGACUGCAGCUCCCCUCCAGGUGUGUAACUGGGUGUGUGACUCAGGUGGUCCACCCUGUUGCAGUAUUAUGCAGCAUGAGUCUGCGGGGCCCUCGCCAGUGUUUCUGCUCUGUGAGCGAAGAGCCGGCCUGACGUCCCUGGAAGCUUGCGGCUCUCAGAACUUCGCAGAGACUCUUCCCACGGAGAUGAGCGUGAGGAUCUUCAGAGAGCUGGACGCAGAAAGCCUGUGCAGAGCCUCCAGGACGUGCAAACUGUGGCGCUCCAUCAUCGAUGACAGCGAGCAGCUGUGGAGGCAGCAGUGCAUGCUGGUCCGGGCCGUCUGUCGCCGGGAGGUGGACAGCGACCGCAGCGACGGCCUCUCCUGGAAGGUGACCCUGCUGAGGAACUACAGCCGCAGCCGGGUGAAGGCGGCCUGGCUAGCUGGCCGCUACAGCGGCGUGCGCUCUGCAGACGAGCUGCUGGGCAGCAAGAUGGCGCCGCUGGACGCAGAGACCUGGGGGGAGAUCCUGCAGGCGGAGCUCGACAGAUGAAGAAGAGGAUGAUGAGGCACUUCUCCCUGAUUUUGACUCUAACGUGUUUUUUUCUCUGAGUUCACUUUAAUGCAACACAGAUAACUGUAUAUAUAUAUUUAAUGUUUUUUAAAGAAAUCUGAUCAUGGUGGAUGAAUUUGGAGUAAAUAUAUGUGAGCUGGAAGUUUACAGUCCACUUCCUGUUGCCUGUCUGAGAUGUGAGUGAUGUCAGUGGGCCAGCAGAACCAGUUGAUCCGGGUCACAGCGUGGCGCCCGUGCCUCGGGACGCCCCCUGGCGGCCGGUCUGGACAUGGCAGCAUCAUGUCUGAUCCUGCUGGGUUCUGAUUGGUUCCUGAAUGUAACUGCCAAUCAUCGUGCAUUAGUCAUCAUUUAUCUACAGAGAAACUUCAUAAAACACAUUUAUUAAUGCUGCUGUUGAUCAUAGCGGUCUCACGUUCAUCUAGUAAAAUGAAUUAAAUGUAAACUUGUAACUAAAUCGUUUAAAUUCUGCUGAACGAACCGACCAGAAGGUUCUGGAGGGACGAAACUGAUCCUCAGCUUGAAGCGCAUCACCUCACACAGACUCUUCAUUUAAAACAGCAACUGGUAUAAAAUAUACUGAGCUGAGAGUCAGAACUGGUUACAGUGAAAACCUGGUUGGGCCCAGUGGAGCGGUUCCUCACUUCAUGAUAAAACAUAAAUUUCAUGUUCGCUGGAAGCAGACAGACGUUUUCAUGCAUCAACUGUUUCUGCAGAGCAUUCAGCCUCUGGAUUACACUGUAAAACUGAAAACCUGCAUAAAACUUCAAUCAUGAUUUAAAAACAUAAAACAUGUCAAAAAUCUGAGUAAUUUGACAACAGCUGAACGACUGAUUAAAAGUUUGAUGGUUUUUAGGUUGAA